AAGAAGUUAUUCCUCGAUGAAAAGACAUGCCACAGUCGUCAAACGUAUGUUGACAUCAGAAGACGGUUAGGUUAACGUAAUUUUUAUACUUCUGAAUAAGUUUGUUGAUGGUUGUCGUGUGGAGGGAAACAUCAUGAAGGGGCAGAAAUUACUAUGGACAUAUUAUGUCCUACUUAUUUGUUGGAUUCUACCUUUGCUUCAAGCUGCGAGAAGGAAAAGAUCUAUGGCUAGCUACACCAAGAAAGUUCUGGAAGUUUUGUCUGUGGACUACUCGAACAGAAAUCAAUUUGAAGAAUCAUUGGAUCCAUUUCUUGUUGAAAGAAUACCUGGUACCCCAGGCAAUGUAGCUGUUCAAGAGUUUAUUGAAGCUCGGAUGAGUGCUUUAGGAUGGAAUAUUACAAAAGAUAGAUUUAUGGACAUUACACCAUUAGGACAGAAGCCAUUUACAAAUAUUAUAGCAACCUUUGAUCCUAGAGCUCCAAAUCGCCUGGUUUUAGCUUGUCACUUUGAUUCUAAAUUAAUGCAUGGAAAGACGUUUGUGGCAGCAACAGAUUCAGCUGUACCAUGUGCCAUGUUAAUAGAUUUAGCCACUAAUCUAAAUUGUCUUUUACGAAAAUCAUCUGCAACUGUAAUACCACAAACUACUGUACAACUUGUAUUUUUGGAUGGAGAGGAAGCAUUUGUAAGUUGGUCAGAUAGAGACUCUACUUACGGUGCUAGACAUCUUGCACAAUUAUGGCAUACCACUCCAGAUCCCCAUGAUAAUUCUAAAACUAUGUUGCAGACAAUUACUGAUUUUGUUUUAUUGGAUUUAAUUGGUACAAGUGAUGUCUCUUUUAAAAAUAUGUUUAGUGAAACUUCCCAAUUAUAUGAAAAAUUAUAUAGUAUAGAACAAAAAUUACAGAAUAAUGGUUUUUUAUCAGUUGCUGCCAAUAGUUAUUAUCGCCCUUUUUUUGCAAACCUUCCACCACAACAAAUGGGAAUCCAAGAUGAUCAUAUACCAUUUCUCAAUAAAGGAGUUAAUAUACUUCAUCUCAUCUCUGUGCCUUUUCCCAGCGUCUGGCAUAAAGAAAGUGACAACAAAGCUGCCCUUGAUUUUACAUCUAUUGACAAUUUUAACAGAAUAUUUCGUGUUUUCGUUGCCACAUACUUACGCCUUGAUGCCACCAAGAAUGCCUGUCGAAGAAAUUUACCUUUGUUUAUGGGGUUUCAGGUAUGUAAUUGAUGGUAAUUUAUCCCCAAACCCUCCCUGUGUAUACCUUGGGGAUAGUGUGUAUAUACAUGUAUAUAUACAAAUUCUAAUUAAUGGUCUCCUCUUAGCUUGUAUAUGUAAAAAUUAAAAUGUUGAAUAAAGAAACACAGUAUUAUGCGGUUAGAGCUUUUAAUUCCAUCGAAACAUCGUCAGACUGUUAACAUUCUCCAUUAAUCAUUAUUGUGUAAUGAUUAAUGGAGAAUGUGAUGGAACUGAAAGUGCUAGCUCUCCAUAAUACUGUGUUUCUUUCCUAUACAUGUAUAUAUAGAUAUAUAUUAUUAUAUUAUGUGCUUAUAAUUUAUCCCACCACCUUUCAAAGAACCCAGGAGGAAAUCAAAAUGGAUCUGUCUGUCACAUUUUUUGGGACACAAUAACUCUGUUUCUAAUUGAGCUAACAUGUUCUAACUUGGUGAUGGUGUAUUACAUAGGACAUUAUCAUGUUAAAUUAAAUGCAAUAAAGUCCAUUUCUUUUACAAUCUAUCGUUAUAUUUGAAACCUGCCAGGUGGUUGAUUAAGAGAAAUGUGCUACAUUUAAAAUUUGAAAAACGAUAGAAAAAACUAUUCAAUUUAAUUUCCAGAUGAAAUCAAUUUUGCUUUUUUAAAUCAUUUAUUGGUUUAAAUUUGCUAGUAGGACCCUGGGUCUAUUAAUUCCCCAUAAAUAGGAUAUUUAUGUGUAUGCUAUUAUUCUAUAUACAUAAUGGUAAGGGGUUAAUCUUAUCAAAUCAUUAUUUUGAAUCUCACAUUAAAUGUUUAUCAUAUAUCAGCAUUGUACUACUACAUGUAUUAUAUAAAUAAUCAUUGUAUGUAUAAAUGUAAAUAUCUAUUUGGGACCAAUACACUUGGUUUAUUGUUUGUGACUGGUUCUGCUUGACAACAAAACAAGAUAUUAACAGAAUCUUACGUUUCAUUAAAUUUCCAUAUAUAAGCUAUUUUUUAUGAAUUUGCUAUUCUUCCAGAAUUCAAAUUGUGGGCCAAAAUAUUAUUACUUAAUAGUGCUAUGCAUGUAAGAUUUUGUAUCAUAGAUUAAAAUAUUUCUUCAAAUGUAAAUAAUGUACCUGUUGAUAUGGUAUUCUUGCCUGUAUUUUUAAUCUUUAUUUCAAUUUAACUUCAGAAAUGAGGAAUUAUAAAAAUGUUUAGUAAUACAGCUUUUGGUAAGCUAACAAAUCCAUUCAAUCUGCAAUAUUCUUUGGUUUUGGUUAAAAUAUAUAUUCUUUUAUUUGUUUUGUCACAUUUUAUUGGCCCUUAUUAAAAGGAUCACAGAAGGUUAAAGGCAACUUUUAAUCCAGAUUGUUAUUCAUGAUGGAUUACAUUCAUUCCAAUCACUUUUCCUUCUAAUUCCUGUGGAUACUAGGAGUUCACUGAACCACCUUAUUGGGAUCCUGUGUCUGAAUAUCAUUAUUUUCAUCGUCCGUAUCCAUAAGGUACGACAGACAAAUUAUUUUUAUAGCAAGGCUGGAGUCUGCUAUUGAGUACAACUGCUUUAUAGUGAGAUCUCUUCACAAGGCUGCCACAAUAAUGCUGUUGGGAGUCCUGCUGAUAACUACUAUAUCAUGCAAUGGUUUCAUCAUUGAAUGGCUUCUACCGUAAAUCCUUUCCAUUUGGACCCCCAAGCAUGUUUCUUUUAUCACACUAAAUGAAAUCUGAUGAAAAAAAGUAUUAGGAGAUGGUUAUGGUGAUUAUAUAUUAUGAUGAAAGCAUUUGAUUGGGAUAUUUUAAUGUUUUUGGUGACAUUGUUAUAUGUUUUUAGUAUUAAUUAUUUGAAAUAUGAAAUGAUCAUCAUAUUUAAUAUUAUAAAUUACUCAGUGGAUAAGGUCUUUCUGUAAUGGCUAUGGAUUUAAAAAAACUACCAAUUAUUGCAUGAUCCAAGAAUUGGGGCUCUUUCAUUUAAAAUUAUCUGGACGGGAGAGAAUAGAAUAUAUGUGUAUAUUUGGUAAGCCCUCAACCAGUAAAAAAAAAAGAAGAAAUUGCAUGCAAAGCUUUUUUUCCAAGACUCCCUUCUACUAAUUGAAUCCAGUUAAAAAGAUCACCUUAACCACCAGAUCAUUUUAAAAAGUAACACUUCCACCCUUUGAAUGAAAUAGCCCUUAUUCAAUUUAAUGUUUUUAUUUUUAAUAUUAGUAAUUAAGAAGCAUGGUUGCAUUUUUUUUUCUCAGCUUAUUUAUUUUGUAUUUCAUUGUUGUUAGUAACAGUGCAAAUAUUUGGGUAAAAAACUUUUUGUUGCAACCAGUUCAAAAGAUAGUAUUAUAUUAUAUGUAAUGUACUUACAGCCGGAAACCAGAUAAAGAUACUUACCGUACCAACUGAAUAUAUACACCUGCAUAUCAAAUAAUAGAAAUAGAUACUUAUUAUUGCCAAUGUACAUAUCAAAAGAAAUGUUUAUGUCAAUCAAAUGUACAUAUCAAAAGAAAUGUUUAUGUCAAUCAAAAUUAAAUGGAUUAUAUUUGAAUCUGAUAGAGCACUGUUCAUUGCAAGUAUUGUUGUACAUUCGAAAUAUAUCAUGCAUAAAUAUAUGGAAGAGAGAUUAUAUAAAAUAAAGUUGUUACUAUUUUUUCUAAAAA